UUCGAAUUCCCUUCAUUUCGAGAAAAUAUUUCGCUCGGAUCGGACGUGGCUGCAGUUGCUCCUCCAGAGCUUCCCAUCUAUCGCUGUCUCUCCGCCGUUUGUUGGACACCCGCUGGUGCUACGGGUUACUGGUACGGGUGAUAAGUCUGGCCAAAAAUAAAAUACCGUUGCCAAAUAGCAGUUAUUUCGAAUUGCUCCUAAAAAUAGCAUUAAAAUAGCAAAAAUAGCCAACAGACAGCGCCGUAAGGCGCGUAUGUGUUCUAGUGUCCGUGUCUGCGAGAGUGUCUGUGAGUGAAGUGGAAAUCUGUUUAAAAAUAAAACAACGCCAGACGACUGACCAGAAGCAGAGCCAAAAUUGUCAGAACAGUACAUAGUGGGCCACAACUCCAGGAAGAGCGCCGAAAGGAUAAAGGAUAACCAAGGACAGUGACUCGGUGACAUGCUAGCAGCAGUUAUGGCAUCUGACAUAAACUGGGAUCCAGCUCUUUCCAAAUUGAUCACCACACUGAAGGAGUCGGAGAAUCUGUCCAAUGACCAGGAGAUCGAUUUCCUAAAGGCCCUGCUCGAGUCCAAGGAGCUGAACGCCCUCGUCAAUGUCCACACGAAGGUGGCCAAGGUGGGCCGAGAUGAUCGGCUAGCCCCAGUGCUUUCCACUUCCGCCCAGGUGUUGUACGAGGUCCUGGAACAGCUGUCGCAACGCUGCCACCUGAGUGAUGACUGCCGAGAGGCCUUCCACCUGCUGCAGGACUCCCAUGUCCAGCACCUCUUGUUCGCCCAUGAUGCCAUCGCUCAAAAGGAUUUCUAUCCUCAUCUGCCGGAGGCACCUGUGGAAAUGGACGAGGACGAGGAGACCAUCAAGAUCGUGCAGCUGGUGAAGAGCAACGAGCCGCUGACAGGAGCACAGAGUGCGGAGCCAAUUGUUGGGGCCACCAUAAAAACCGACGAGGAGUCCGGCAAGAUAAUCAUUGCGAGAAUUAUGCACGGCGGCGCUGCAGAUCGCUCUGGUUUGAUACACGUCGGCGACGAGGUCAUCGAGGUCAACAACAUCAACGUGGAGGGAAAAACGCCAGGCGAUGUGCUCACCAUUUUGCAAAACUCCGAGGGCACCAUCACCUUUAAGCUGGUGCCGGCGGACAACAAGGGUGCCCAGCGUGAGUCCAAGGUGCGAGUACGCGCCCACUUCGACUAUAACCCGGACGAGGAUCCCUACAUCCCCUGCAAGGAGGCAGGCUUGGCCUUCCAGCGCGGCGAUGUCCUGCACAUCGUGGGUCAGGACGAUGCCUACUGGUGGCAGGCGCGCAAGGAGCACGAGCGCUCGGCACGGGCUGGACUGAUUCCCAGUCGGGCGUUGCAGGAGCGCCGCAUCCUUCACGACCGAUCCCAGCGGGAGGGCACUGAUCUGGACUCGAAGCCCGGUUCAUGUGCCUCAUUAUGCACCACCCCACCCGGCUCACCCCGCCUGCCAGCGAGUAGCAGUAGCUCCUCCUGCCGCCAGCCAAAGACUAAAAAGAUCAUGUACGAUUUGACAGAAAACGACGACUUUGAUCGGGAGCAGAUCGCCACGUACGAGGAGGUGGCCAAGCUCUAUCCCCGUCCCGGGGUCUUCAGGCCCGUGGUGCUAAUCGGUGCACCCGGAGUGGGUAGGAACGAGCUACGCCGUCGGCUGAUAGCCAGAGAUCCGGAGAAGUUCCGCAGUCCAGUACCAUACACCACACGGCCAAUGCGCACCGGAGAGGUGGCUGGCAGGGAAUACAUUUUUGUGGCCCGGGAGAAAAUGGAUGCGGACAUCGAGGCCGGCAAAUUUGUGGAGCAUGGCGAGUACAAGGGACACCUGUAUGGCACCUCGGCAGAGAGCGUCAAGUCGAUCGUGAAUGCCGGAUGUGUUUGCGUCAUUAGUCCCCACUACCAGGCCAUCAAGACGCUGCGCACGGCCCAGCUGAAGCCGUUCCUGAUCCACGUAAAGCCGCCAGAGCUGGAUGUCCUGAAGGCCACCCGGACGGAGGCGAGGGCCAAGAGCACCUUCGACGAGGCGAACGCCCGGAGCUUCACGGACGAGGAGUUCGAGGACAUGAUCAAGUCGGCGGAGCGGAUUGACUUUCUGUACGGCCACUUCUUCGACGUGGAGAUCGUGAACGGAGAGCUGGUGAACAGCUUUGAGCAGCUGGUCCAGAAUGUCCAGCGUCUGGAGAACGAGCCGCUCUGGGCUCCGUCCAUGUGGGUUCAGUAGGAGGAGCCAUGUAGCAUUUCAUGCAACUUGUUAAUGAAACACCAACACCAAAGUAUUUUUGUCAUACGAAUUUAGCAAUCUGCUAGAGGGAAGAGG